CUAGAGGACGUAUGGAGGUUUUCUACAUUGGUCAAGACCUUUUGAUCACAAUGACAUCUCUGAAUUUUGCUUUGAUUUGCCUCUUCUUCUGGAAAAUUGACCGGGUAAAUAGUUUACAGCUCUCCUCAAAUGUUCGUCAAGAGAGUGGCUUUAUAUCAGCUAAUGUUGGGGACAAUGUAACUUUGCGAUGUUUCUAUGAAGGUGAUGUAGCAGCUAUGUUUUACUGGUACAAACAAACCCUGGGACAAAAGCCAAAGCUCAUCUCUAGCUUCUACAAACAUGACAAAGAGGGCACUUUUAACGGGGAAUUCAAGAACAAUUCAAGAUUCUCUUUGGACAGUAAAAAUGGAAAGAACCACUUGACAAUCUCGAAUUUACAAAUGUCUGACUCAGCAACUUAUUACUGCAUAAGCUGCUAUGCGUACAAGUUUGAAUUUGCAGAGGGUACCAGUAUCCAUGUAAAGGGUUCAGGUUUGAACCUUCAAACUUCAGUCCAUCAGCUGUCUUCUGCGACCGUCGAGCCAGGAGCCUCUUUGACUCUGAACUGUACAGUCCACACUGGGACUUGUGAUGAAGAACACAGUGUUUACUGGUUCAAAAGCUCAGAAAAAUCUCAUCCAGGACUCAUUUACACUGAUGGGGGCAGGAACAAUCGCUGUGAGAGGAAAACUAACACACAAACAAACAUGUGUGUCUACAAUUUGCCAAUAAAGAGCCUGAAUUUAUCUGAUAAGGGGAUGUACUACUGUGCUGUUGCCUCUUGUGGACACAUACUGUUUGGAAAUGGGACCAAGUUGGGCUUGGAGGAUGAGGUGACCUUUCCUGACUUUCUUGUCCAUGUUUUAAGUGGAGCUUUGGCAUUCACCAUCACUUUGAGUCUUUUAAUGGGUUUUCUACUAUUCAAGAUGAAUAAAGAGUCACAAGCAAGAUGUUCAGAUGCCUCCACAGCUAAUGCAGAGGGAUACCGAGAUGCAGACAACCUUCACUAUGCUGCCGUACAGACACAAAAGUUCAACCGACAAAGAAGGGAGAUGAAUGACACCAUGAGUCAAUGUGUGUACUCUAGUGUAAGGCAGCAGAUUUGAACCUGUUUCAUCUAUACUUUGUUUCAGCGUAAGAUGUGGUUUUGUUAGCGUGUGUUUUGAGAUCUGUUGUGAAGAUAAUCAGUACAAAGCCUUGGUUACAAAGGUGCUACAUUUCCAUUAUCAGUACACUUGUUGAUUCUCAGGGUUAAGAAAAACAGUAAGAAAACAUGUUACUUUAUCAAGCCAACCUUUGACAUUUCUGAACAUGUGCAUAACUCACUGUGCCACAUCAGCACAAAUAUAAACCAGUUUAUGUCACAAGAAAUACAAUGUACACAGUAAUGAGUGCUCUCUACUGGGGAAUAUCUGUUUAUUUGUUCAUAUUGUGGUUACAUAUUUAAGAAUCUUUUUUUAUAGCUUACAUUAAGGUCUGGAGUUUAAAAAAGUCAUAAAGUUAAAUCUCUAUAUGUCUGGGUGAGCAUAUUCAAAGAAAAAACAAACAACAAAAACAAACCAUCUGCUCUUUUGUUUUUGCGUCUGUGUAGUUGCAAACAGGAAGCCUCCACUAAUUUUCCACCAUUGCAGCCGUAUACUGGCUAAAACAACAAGGUUAAUGCAAUUAGCAAUUUUGAAGUAAUUUGGAUUUAUUGUUUAGGCACCUAUUGUGUUUAAUAAAAAGCAGUUCUGUGUAUUCGCAUCAGUAUAUAGUAUACAAUUACUCUUGAGAAUGAGAAAAUGUGUAAAUGAUUAGCAUCUUUCCUAUGCAAGCAGUAACAUACAUGGAUAAAAAAUAAAUCCAGCACAAAAGGGCCACCAACUGCAGUUUCUCCAAAGGCUAUUUGAGGCUGGCAGCAAAAGUGGGUCAAUUUCCAUAGACUCUGCUGAAAGUUUGCAGCAAGGCUAUUUUUUCAUAGUGUAGUGGUUUACGUGUUCAACAGGUAAAAGAUUUCUGGUUCAAUUCCAGGAGGAGAGAUGAAUGGAGUAUUUCUCUGCAAUUGCAAAGGUCAGGAAAAGUAAAAACAAUUAAAAUGGAGCUACCUACUAAAGUAGCAUGAUCUCUAUGAAGGGCUUUCUUGCUGUGCUGGUGUAUUUUGCACGGUUUUAAUGGAAUUUUCUGACAAAUAAAAU